CAUAUGAUGAUAGCGAUAGGAUUGCUGGGGACUUCCCCUCCUAUAUAAGGCCUUUGGUCUCUGCAAAAUUUUAGUGCAGGUUCACGGUUGAAGAGACUACCACGGCAAGUACUUUGAUCCAUUCGAAAAGAGUGCGAACUAUACACGUUACGAUAAUUUACGUGAAUUACAAAUAGCAGCGUUGAAUUUUCAAGCUAACAUAUACAAUCUUUUAAAAUCAACGACUGAUAGCUUCUUAUCAAAGGAUUCAGCAGGCAUCUCUACACAACAUGAGACAGUUGAAUGAACUGAAAGAAAUGUUCGACGAGAAUUUAUUGAAUGACUACGCAAAAAACAACAUCACUAUCAAGGAAGAAAUCCAGAAGAACAGCAACUUUGAAUCUACUAUGGACGGUUGCGACAAGUCGGCUCCUGCUUCAUCGAAUUCCCUCACCGAUCAGCACAAGAAAUUCAUAACAAUGUGCAAACAGGAACUCGGCAGCGACGAUUGUUUGCCGAUAGAUUUUGAUCGAUGGACACUCAAGGAACAAUAUGACCAUCUCAUAAGCAACACUAGCAAAUAUUUCCCGAAUAUACCCAAAUCCCUGAGAUUUGUCUUGCCGGCGACUUUCGAGGAUGGAGACUGCGGUCGACCGGUGAACGAGAGGCCGAAUUGGUUAGACAUGGACAAGUUUAAACGCGGACAACAAUUCGCUUUGCGUCAUUUUUGCAGUGUCUCCAUAAGCAACCUGAUGGGCUUGCUGCAGAUAUUCAGCUUUGCUGAUGGAUUGAAGCCGCUGAUUCUCAGCCAGAAAUCCAAUACGCCGUAUCGCGCCUUCAAGCGCUACGUGUCAUCGAUCAACCGUUUCCGAAACUGGUACACGAGCAAUCCUUGGUGCAAAGGAACGCAGGCCUAUCACGACAUCCAAACAGUACGAAACCUGCAUCGCGCCAUGAGACGGAAGUUAUGCAACAUGAGCGAUGAUCGGAUCGAUCUGGCUAGCGAGAUUUCGCAUAUAAAGUGCCCGGCAUUUAAUACGAUCACGAAAGACUUCGCGGACGCGUGUCCAACGGCGGAAAACUGGCAAUGCCCGUAUACGAUGUCAAGGAUGAAGGGUCUGAAUCAGGGCGACAUGUCGGGCACGCAGUUUGCCUGCAUGGGUCUGAUAGUGCUCUAUCCGGAGCAGUUUGGAGUGUAUAACGCCAGCGACGAAGACCUGGAAGCGUUCUGUCAUCUCUGGCGAGGACUGGGCUACCUGCUGGGCAUCGAGGAUCAGUACAACUUUUGCCGCGGCAGUUUGCAGGACAUACGUCAACGUACCGACGACUUCAUCGAGCAUUGGGUAAAGCCAAACUUCCGCACGGUGACAGCGGAAUGGGAGCAUAUGAACCUAUGCAUCUACGAGGGCAUCGGCGAUAUCUUUUACUUUAACAGUUAUAAAGUUUUUCUGGUCCACCUAUGCAAUAUGUUCAAGCUCAACAUGCCUCGCCUGUACAAUUCCCUCAGUUUGUUAGAAAGAAUAACGUACCUAGUGUUGAAGUUUCUGUUCCUCUAUUUGAUGAAAUUUCCAAGUGUUGUUUCCUACAUGAAUGCGAUGUUUCACAAGAGCCUGAAUAAAGCGAUAAACUUAGGACCUAGAGAACAUGCCAAGCUUAAAGAGAAGUCAUCCAAGAUCGUCCCGGAAUUUGUCGUCUAAGAUAUAUUUAUAACGUAAUUACUUUUGCAUGCAAAGUUAUUAUGUAAAUGAAUUAUAUGCACGUGUCAUAUAAUAAAUACGCAAUACGUAAUCUCUACGAAAUAUCAAAAUAUACGAUCUCCACAAUGACAGCUACUUAGUGAAGUAAGCACUAAGCACAGCGAGCGAACUAAUCAGCAUCGCGGAUAAGAGACAAUAAUAUCAAUAACAUGCCUUUUUUAGAGAGGAACCAUUUAUUUGCAUAAAAUAAUUUAAUUAAUAAAUAAUAA